AUGGCGAUUGUAGCUUCACUACCAGAUAUUAAUCUCUUCUCUUCUCUACCUUCGUCGCCUCCAAAGGCGGAUUCAACGGCGGGGAAUUUCCGGCCAGCUCCGCCGAUUCCGAUUCCCAAGUAUUCGCCGUCCAGUAGAAAUCGUAAUCCGAGAAGUAGCAAUCACAGUGAGUCGCUGCAGCCGAAACCGCAAUCAAAUCCAGCGCUGAAGCUUCCGCAUCGCCGGACCAGAUACUACAAGCCGGUGAAAGAAGGAGUAAUCUCGUCGGAUGGAGAUCGAACCAUCGUUAUCGGAGAUUCCGGCGUCUCUUACCAGCUUCCCGGGGCGCCGUUCGAGUUCCAGUUCAGCUACUCCGAGACGCCGAAGGCUAAACCUUUGGGAAUCCGAGAGCCGGCUUUCAUGCCGUUCGCGCCGCCGACGAUGCCUCGACCGUGGACGGGGAAAGCGCCGCUGAAGAAAUCGAAGAAGAAGAUUCCGUUGUUCGAUUCCUUCGAUCCGCCGCCGGCUGGAAAAUCUGGGGUUAAAUAUGUGGAAAUGCCUGGGCCGUUCCCUUUCGGGAGGUAUCCGAAGGAAUCGAUGACGAGAGACGAGAUUCUCGGAGAGCCGUUGAAGAAGUGGGAGAAAGGGAUGCUGAUUAAGCCGCAUAUGCAUGAUAAUCGCCAGGUCAAUUUAGGGAGAGAUGGAUUUACGCAUAACAUGUUGGAACUGAUACAUUCGCAUUGGAAGAGACGGCGUGUUUGCAAGGUUCGCUGCAAAGGUGUUCCCACCGUUGAUAUGGAUAACGUCUGUCGUGUUCUUGAGGAGAAGACAGGAGGAGAGAUCAUUCACAGAGUCGGAGGAGUUAUAUACCUAUUCAGGGGUAGAAACUACAACUACCGCACACGUCCGCAGUACCCGGUGAUGCUGUGGAAACCAGCAGCUCCUGUUUAUCCGAAGCUCAUUCAAGAAGUUCCUGAAGGAUUGACCAUAGAGGAAGCUCAUGAGUUUAGGGUGAAGGGCAAGUCUCUUAGGCCCAUAUGCAAGUUGUCUAAAAAUGGAGUCUACGUGUCUCUGGUGAAAGAUGUUAAGGAUGCCUUCGAACUGAGUCCCUUGGUGAAAGUAGACUGCCCAGGACUUGAACCAAGUGACUACAAGAAAAUAGGCGCUAAGCUUAAGGAGUUAGUUCCUUGCGUGCUUCUGUCUUUUGACGAUGAGCAAAUACUCAUGUGGAGAGGACGAGAUUGGAAGUCGCGGUUUCUGGACAAUCCUUUAACUCCAAUCGUUUCUGAGACCAACGUAGCAGAAGAACUUGAUCUCUCAGACGAAACCAGUAUAGAACAAACGGUGUCUGAUCGAAAUACGGUGAUCUCAAGCCCCAAAAUGAUUUCGCUAUGGAAACGAGCAUUGGAAUCAUCCAAGGCUGUGAUUCUGGAAGAGCUUGACCUCAGUCCAGACAAUCUGUUGCAGAAGGUGGAAGAGUUCGCAGGCACUUCACAGGCUGCAGAACACACGUUCACAGCCUUAGUCUUGCCGAGUAAUGAUGGUGCAGAGGAUUACGUAGAUAACGAGGACCGGUCCGAAGAGUAUAGUGACUUAGACGAUGACUUUGUCGACGAGGGUUCCGAUGAUGAGUCGCUAGAACCGGUGGGUCCGGUGGGAUCUUUACCCGUUGACAUUAUAGUUAGGAAGCUUAGGGAGAGACCGAGAUACUAA